CCCGUUCCAAUACCCGCAAGCUCUGCGACACUCAGACACCCCCGAUCCUUCUGUGACCCUGCGGGACCUGAGGCCAUGCUGACCCCACGUGGGCUUCGCCCCGGGUAGCCUCUGGAGCGAUGUCCCUCAGCGGAACAGACUUAAAAGUCCUGAUUUUGUGCGCGGUUGCUCCGCCGCUUGCCGGGAGCCGGCCCCUCCCCCUGGGGUCUAUCUUCCCGUCGCUUUGGAUUCACUUCUCCGCCAGUCUUACCUUUCAGAACAUGGUUGUUUUUCUGUUUCCAGAAUUGCUGUUCUUCUUCUCUUCGAUCUGCUGAUGGAUUUGCAGGCAACUGAAGUAUGGAAGACAUAGAGAAAUUCUUAUUCAAAUUUAAAGGAUAUUAUUUUAAUCGUUUACCACUUGAUAUUGGCUUUAUAGAAAAUUUAGAUAAUUUUGAAAUCAGAGAAAAUGAUAUCUUCAUAAUCACAUACCCCAAAUCUGGAACCAUCUGGUUUCAGCAAUUAUUAAGUCUGAUUUAUUCUGAGGACCAUCGCAAAGGUGCUGGAAAACUGGAAACCAUGGAUCGAGUACCCUUCCUUGAGUACAACUUUCGAAAAAUGGAUUUUGAGGAAAGACCAUCCCCUCGUCUCUUCUCUACCCACCUCCCAUACUACUUGGUUCCCAGUGGGCUGAAGAACAAAAAAGCCAAAAUUAUUUAUGUAUACAGAAACCCUAAGGAUGUUAUGUGCUCAUAUUUUCACUUUGCAAAGAAUGUGGUGUCACAAUUUACAGGUACCUUUGAGGAAUUCGUGAAACAAUUUCUCGAAGGAAGAGUGAUGGGAAGCCUUUGGUUUGACCACAUCAAAGGUUGGUAUGAGCACAGAAGCCUCUUCAACAUUCAGUUCAUGACCUAUGAGGAGAUGAAGAAGGAUCUCAGAGGUUCUGUGUCAAAAAUCUGCAAGUUUCUGGGGAAAGGAUUGAGUGAAGAGGAUAUGGAUGCAGUUGUGAGACAGGCCACAUUUGAGAACAUGAAGGAUGACCCACUGGCAAAUUAUGACAAUAUAAUAGCCAUUGGAUAUGGGCUGAAUGUAAAAGGUCAUUUCCUUCGCAAAGGUACCAUCGGAGACUGGAAAAAUCACCUGACUGUUGAGCAGAAUGAAAGGUUUGACCAGAUUUUCCAAAGGGAGAUGAAGGAUUUUCCCCUGGAGUUCAUCUGGGACAUGAAUGAAGACUAGAAUGUGAAGCAAAGCACAGAUCCCCUAAAAAAGCACUGUCGAAGGAAACAUAUUGAAUUGUCCACGUUCAUCUUUGACUGUCACUGAAUCAUUACUGUAAAACCUGAGUGAUGAAUAACUAUGAAUAUCCAACUCUCCAUCAUUUGCCA